AUGGACUCAUCGCAGCUUAAUGUUGUCAUCGGAAUAAUAAACCCUAUGUGCAACGACGACAAGUCAAAACAAAAUCUGAAUAAAGUCAUAAAUUCAAUUGACAAGACCCUAGGAAUUCUCCACCAGCUUUAUCUCACCGUCGACUCUUCUUACAAUCAACUUGCCCUUGUUCAAGGCAUGAAUAAUCUUGUGGUUGAGCUUGAUAAUAUGGCCAAAUUGGGAGAUAAAUGCAAUAGUAUUCAAGUGCCAAUGGAGGUUCUCAACUUGAUUGAUGAUGGCAAGAAUCCAGAUGAAUUUACAAGGCAUGUGUUGAAUAGUUGCAUUGUCAAGAACCAAAUCACUAAAUUCAAAUCAGAUGCAUAUAAGGCUUUGCGAGACCAUCUCCUCGAGGAAAAUUACGGACAACUUUGA